AUGGGGACCAGACCCUUGGGCAGGAUGCUGCUCUGCCAGGAGGAGGAGGAAGAGAACACAGAGGCCUCAGUGGUCCCCACGCCUCUGGGUCCCCUCAGGGAGACCUACUGCCAGAAACACAGCGAGAAGAUCUACUUCUUCUGUAAGACUGACGCGGAGUUCCUUUGUGUGUUCUGCAGGGCGGGCCCUGCCCACCGGACUCACUCCAUGGGCUUCCUGGACGAGGCCAUCCGGCCCUACCGGGAUCAUCUCAGGAGUCAGUUGGAAGUUCUGAGGGUGAAGAGGGACAAGAUUGAAAACAUAAAGUGCAGAGAAGACCAGAAGCUGCAAGGACUCCUAGCUCUAAUUGAAAACAAGAAGCAACAAGUAGAAACUGCUUUUGAAAGACUGUAUCAGGAGCUAGGGGACCAACAGCGCCUCCUGCUGGCUAGGAUGAGGGGUCUGGAACAGCAGAUCUGGAAGGAGAGGGAUGAGUACAUCACAAAGGUCUCUAAAGAGGUCGCUCAGGUGGAAGCCCAGGUGGAAGAGCUGAAGCAGAAGUGUCAGCGACCGGGAAGUGAGCUUGUGCAAGAUGUCAGAGUCUACCAGAGCAGGUGUGAGAAGACUUUUGUGAAUCCAGAGGCCAUUUCUUCUGACCUAGCCAAGAAGAUCCUUGAGCUUCACCGAAAAAUACUCAUCCUCCCAGACAUGAUGAAGACGUUUUCAGAAAAUUUGGUACAGCAUCUGGAGACGGAUUCAGGUAACUAG